CCUUCCUACGUUCCACCCGGUGCCUCCCCGCCGUUGCUUUACACUACUCAGUGCUACUCCGCACCACCCAAACAGUCGCCACGUUUCACCUCCUCCUGUAUCCUCUCACCACCCGACAACCUACCAGGACUUAAACUGAUCAUUCACCAAACUUCAUUGGCUACCAAGGGACCUUUCUGUUGGGUCACGUUAAGAGGCUCAUUCCACAGCUUUGCGCAGAGGAAAAGAAGGAGUAGAGAGAGAGAGCAUUUCCAGGAGACAGUUGGCCCUUUAUUGACGCUCUCCAGCGGAGCUCCAGAGACCCAGCUCCGACCGGGGCGACAGCAGCCAUGACCCAGAGCAACAGGGAAGCCCCACAGCAGGGCCGAGGCAGGCUCCAGCAGAUUCAAGAUGGGAUCCAGGCGCGCUCGCUCAGGGCCAAGAAGAGCGUGCAGAACAUCACAAAGGAUGACGUCAAGGGAUUCCUUACGAGAAACGCCUUUGUUCUCCUCACCAUUGCUGCCGUUAUUAUUGGUAUAAUCCUGGGCUUCGGUGUGCGCCCAUACCAACUGUCCUACCGCGAGAUGAAGUACUUCUCCUUCCCGGGGGAACUGCUCAUGAGAAUGCUCCAGAUGUUGGUGCUGCCCCUGCUGAUCUCAAGCCUCAUCACAGGCAUGGCUGCCCUGGACAGCCGUGCGUCGGGGAAGAUGGGCCUCCGGGCGGUGGUGUACUACACCACGACCACCGUCAUCGCCGUGAUCAUUGGCAUCAUCAUGGUGCUCGUCGUGCACCCGGGGAAGGGAUCCAAGGAUGAGUUCGGCAGCGCACCCAAGAUGGAACGGAUCAGCACCGCCGACGCAUUCCUCGACCUUAUCAGAAACAUGUUUCCUCCUAAUCUUAUUGAGGCGUGCACCAAACAGUUCAAGACGCAGUACGCUAACAAAGUGGUCGUGGUGAGGAUGACGGUGAACGAAACCAUCUUCGGCCUCAACGGGAGCCAGGAGUUGACUCAGGAGGAGAUGGUUCCGGUAUCGGGUUCGGUGAACGGGGUAAACGCCCUGGGCAUGGUGGUCUUCUCCAUCUGCUUCGGUCUGAUCAUCGGGAGCAUGGGGGAACAAGGGCGGCCUCUAAGAGACUUCUUUGACUGCCUGAAUGAAGCCAUCAUGAGGCUGGUGGCCAUUAUUAUGUGGUAUGCUCCCAUAGGUAUCCUCUUCCUGAUCGCUGGUAAGAUCGUGGAGAUGGACGACAUCUUAUCGAUGGGCGGUCAGCUAGGCAUGUACGUGGUCACAGUGACUGCUGGCCUGCUUGUGCACGCCUUGGUCGUCCUGCCGCUACUGUACUUUGCCGUCACCAGGAAGAACCCGUUCGUCUUCAUCGGAGGCCUGCUGCAAGCACUCAUCACUGCCCUCGGGACAUCUUCCAGCUCUGCCACGCUGCCCGUCACCUUUAAGUGCCUGGAGGAGAACAACAAAGUGGAUAAGCGCGUGACACGCUUUGUGUUGCCGGUUGGGGCGACCAUCAACAUGGAUGGAACCGCCCUCUACGAAGCCAUUGCCGCCAUCUUCAUUGCCCAGGUCAACAACUAUGACCUGAGCUUAGGACAGAUCCUCACCAUCAGUAUCACAGCCACAGCAGCCAGCAUUGGAGCAGCAGGAAUCCCACAGGCUGGACUGGUCACGAUGGUGAUAGUGCUGACCUCAGUAGGCCUUCCAACUGACGAUAUUUCACUCAUCAUUGCUGCUGACUGGUUCCUUGAUCGGCUGCGUACCACCACCAACGUCCUGGGAGACUCCAUCGGCGCAGGUAUCGUUGAGCACCUGUCUCGCCACGAGCUCCAGAGAAAGGAUCCCGAGAGGGGCAACGUCUCGGCAGAGGAGGCAGCCAAGAAACCGUACCAGCUCAUCUGCCAGGAGAACGAGUAUGACACCGCCAGGCCAGCGGACAGCGAGACCAAGAUGUAGACAAAGACCAUAACUUUUCUCGCCCAUUUGACACAUUUUAUACAUGAGAACCAUUAUGUUGCCCUGAACCACUGCUUUUCUUACUUUGGAGACAAAAAACACCUGAACAGAAUCAAAUAUAUUAAUGUAGACAUAUAUGUUUUUUUUCAUGCAUGCAGCUCUGCCAGUUGAACAUUUCAAAACUAUAACUGAAUAAGAUCUGGUUCAUUGCAUUACUGUUACUUCUACUGUAGGCAAUAACUCGGUUUUGGUCUGCUGAAGAGUGGCGAUGGUUGACUUGCUGAGGAACCUUGUAUUUUGUGGAUAAAUACAACCUCUGAUCAUAUAGUUUAGAAGCUAGCAUUGCUGGCUAGAUUUAAAGAGAACAGCGCACAAAAUACACUGCCACUUUGUCUUGCUAUACUUUUUUUUUUUUGCCUUCAGAGAAUACAGUUUGUUAUAAAUGGCAACGAAAGGAAAGUUUCAUGAGACCAACUUCCAACCAAAUGUUUAAUAGCUUUCCAUUGGAAUAAAAGAGUUUUUAUCCAAAGUUUUCCAUAGACAUUUGAGUUGUUGUUUUUUUUAUAUGGAGAAGGCUACAUGGAUUGCUGUCCCGAAAAUGUUUUAUGGAAAUUAGAAUUAGGAUCUGUCUAUUUUCCACAUUGGGUCCAAAUAUGUUUAGACAAUAUAUGUUUGCAUCAAAUAAUUGCCUAAAAACUGAAUAAUCAAAAGUGAGAAUAAGUAUUGUUAGUAUUCUUAAACCAAAUAAUUCAAAAACCCCAAGGAGGAGAAAGUAACUUAUUUUAUAAUUAGAUAACUUUCUUUCCCUUCAUUCCACACAUUUGAUGUAUUUCAGUUCUGUGUAUAUUUUGCAUGCUUAUUAUUCUUGGGCGAUUUUAAAUUAAUGGUAAACAAUAGUACAUUUUAGAGUUUAAUAUUUUCAAUUGUAGUUGCUUGUUCUAUAUACAUUACGUUUUUUUUUGCUCUAUAAUAACAUACUUUUAUAUUAUCUUAUUCCAUUUAUUGAGCUUUUUUUUCUAUUUCAAAAUGAUGAGUACAGAGGACUUAAUAGAAGUUGUAUAGAGAAAUGUAGAUAUGGAUGUAGAGUAUAUUAACUUUAGAAGUGACAUGUACAGGGUACUUGAAGAGGAUCCUCCUGCUUUAGAACUUGAAAACCACAAUGAGAUUGCCUUGCAUUACUGGAUUGAAAUGGACCAUUUUGUCUAAACACCCUGAAAUUCUAAUGUUUACAAUGGCUGUCAUCAUUUUUUAUCCAACUUUAUCUUUGUAAAACCUCCCCCCCCCCCCCCCCCCCCCCCGCAGAGAUUUUUUUUUAAAU